AUGCCGUCACCAGUAAGACGGAGGUCACGAGCAAGAGCUCGUAAUGCUGCCACUUCAAGGCGCAGAUCCGUAAAUCGCUACUUGCGUUCAUCAGGCCGUCGGAGAGCCCUCUCAAUGCUAAGCCGCAGUCCUCGUAGUAGUCGUAGUCGCAGUCGUAGCCGUAGUCGUAGUCGCAGAAGCCGUCGUCAGGUACAGCGAAGAUCGAGACGACUAUCGUCGAGAGAAUUAGCGAUACCACUUUACGGCGCCGAUGGCACUACGAUAGUAGACUAUGUACUACCAUGUCGUGCUGGCGUCAGAUUAUGGUUCUUUACUUUUCACUUAACUUUCGCUAAUUCAAAGCCUCAUUCUUAA